UUUUUUUAUGUUUGUAAUUUUGUUUGUUGCGGCAUUAAUUUGGCGGCAUUAUCUGGCAGCGGUAGGCUUCGUUCAGCUGCGAGUAGCAAUUUAUCAUAUCUCGAGUAUUUGUUAACAUUUCUCGUUUAUUAAACAUGGGAGACAGAGGAGACGGUGAAACGUUUGAUGACGCGGUUGAGGAACGCGUAAUAAACGAAGAAUAUAAAAUAUGGAAAAAAAAUACUCCCUUUUUGUACGAUUUGGUAAUGACGCAUGCAUUGGAAUGGCCAUCCCUUACAGCUCAGUGGUUACCAGACGUUACAAGACCUGAAGGGAAGGAUUAUUCUGUUCACAGAUUGAUACUUGGCACUCACACCUCAGAUGAACAAAAUCAUCUCCUCAUUGCCAGUGUUCAAUUGCCAAACGAAGAUGCCCAAUUUGAUGCUAGUCAUUAUGAUAAUGAAAAAGGAGAAUUUGGUGGUUUCGGUUCAGUUUCUGGUAAAAUUGAAAUAGAAAUUAAGAUAAAUCAUGAAGGUGAAGUCAAUCGUGCUAGAUACAUGCCCCAAAAUCCUUGUGUCAUUGCUACAAAAACACCAAGCAGUGACGUGUUGGUAUUCGAUUAUACCAAACAUCCCAGUAAACCGGAAUUGAAUGGAGAAUGCCAUCCAGACUUGAGGCUGAGGGGACAUCAAAAGGAAGGCUAUGGUCUUUCUUGGAAUCCUAAUCUUAAUGGAUAUUUACUGUCGGCAAGUGAUGAUCAUACAAUAUGCUUGUGGGAUAUUAAUGCCACUCCGAAAGAACAUCGGUUGAUUGAUGCUAAAAAUAUCUUUACUGGUCAUACUGCUGUUGUAGAAGACGUUGCAUGGCAUUUACUACACGAGUCUUUGUUUGGUUCUGUUGCUGAUGAUCAAAAACUAAUGAUUUGGGAUACAAGAUGUAACAAUACUUCGAAGCCUUCGCAUACUGUGGAUGCCCACACUGCUGAAGUAAAUUGUUUAUCAUUUAAUCCAUACUCCGAGUUUAUAUUAGCCACUGGCAGUGCGGACAAAACUGUGGCCCUGUGGGAUUUAAGAAACCUUAAAUUAAAAUUGCACUCCUUCGAGUCGCAUAAGGAUGAAAUUUUCCAAGUACAAUGGUCUCCUCAUAAUGAAACUAUUCUUGCUUCAAGUGGAACUGAUCGCAGAUUGCAUGUUUGGGAUUUGAGCAAAAUUGGUGAAGAGCAAAGCAACGAAGAUGCUGAAGAUGGUCCACCAGAACUCCUGUUCAUUCACGGUGGUCACACAGCUAAAAUUUCAGAUUUCUCCUGGAAUCCCAAUGAGCCAUGGGUUAUUUGUUCGGUUUCUGAAGAUAACAUCAUGCAGGUUUGGCAAAUGGCUGAAAAUAUCUACAAUGAUGAAGAACCAGAAACACCAGCUAAUGAAUUGGAACCCGCUGCGCCAUAACUAUUUUAAUGGUUUUAUUUUUGUUAUUUUAGUUGUUAUUUUAUCGUUACAUCAAUCAACCACAUCCAUAUAUAUUUAAGCUAUG